ACAAUAUCAUUAGCUUGUUAAGAGGUUACAUGGAUUCCUAUCAAAUGCAGUGUUGUGAACAGAAUAGCAGGAGCGCCAUUGAAAAAUGGAAGUUUGGGAGAUAGCUACCUCAAGGCAGUAGACGUGUUCUGCUGCUUAUCAUAGCAAUCAAGAAUAAAAGUUCCAACAUUUUGCAAUGGGGUCACCUUGCUGCCUGCUGCAAUCGCCAUGCCAUCACUCUUUCUUCGCCUCUUCUUCUUUUCCCUUAUCGUAUCCACACCCUUCGUCCCUUUCGCCCUCUCCUUCAUCCUUCUUCCUCGCCCCAAGGAAUGCUCAGAAUCGGAGAAAGCUUCGUCCAGCCUUGGCGCUUGUGCGAGCAGAAACUCAAAACGACCGCGAUUUCUGCAACAGGAGGAUGAUCAUUUUCACGGGUAUUUCAGUUCUUCCGCUUUUUCAACUAAGAGCAAGAGCUAUUGAAGUCUCGUUAGCAGAUUCUAUUUCAGAAACUCUUGAAUUGAAGGCAAAAGAUCAGGAAGAAGAAGCUGAGCGAAGAACAGUUGAAGGCAACGAGUUCCAGAACCCCCUCAUCUCUCUUUUAAAUGGGAUCGGCUUUUAUGGGUCAGGAGUGCUAGGUGCUCUCUAUGCACUGGCAAAGAAUGAAAAUGCCAAGUCUAUUGCAGCCCUAGAAUCGAUGAGAGGGAAACUGGAGGAAAAAGAAGCAACCAUUGUUUCCAUGGGGAAAAUGUUUGAAUCUGAGCUGCUGAAAGAAAAGGAAGAGCAGAAUAAACAGCAAAGGAGGGCCAGUGAAGAGCACCAAAUUUUACUUAACAGGCUGAAUUCAACAAAUGUCACUAUAAAAGACCUUGAACAAGAGCUCCUAAAGGAAAAGGAAUUCGUUGAAGAUCUUAAAUCCACAAAGCGAAGACUUGAAGGUGACCUCAUGAUAGCUUUAGAGGAAAAAAACAAAUUUGAGGCGGAGCUCAAGAACAAACUGGGUUCUAUAAACAUUCUGCACGAGAAGAUGAACUUUCUGAGUGUGGAGAUCAAAGACAAGGAUGACAACCUUCAGAAGAUUAGCACCCAGUUAGCUGAAAAAGAAGCUGAGGUCAGUAAGCUUAUUUCGAUGCAUCAACAAUCACAUACUGAGCUUCUGGAUUUAACUUCAGAAAAUAAAAACCUCAAAGAUGAGAUCCUGAAAAAAGAGAGCGAGUUGUAUUUGAAGAAUUCUGAGGUAGACAGUCAGGAAGUGAAGUUGAAUUCUCUGAUUGCUGAAAGAAAUGAGCUUAUCGAAAAGCACAGUGCAAUGAUAAACGAGUAUAAUGACUUGAAACACACUUCAGAAAAUAAGGCAGCUUCAAAUGCUAAGCUCUUGGAGGAACAGAAACAGAAAAUGCAGCACCUUCAGAAACACCUUGAUAUUGCUUCAGAUGAAAUGGAAAAGAACAAAGUAUUAAUUACUGAUCUAACCCUGGAAAAAGUUGAAAUGAAAAAAAUUCUGGACACGGAACUGGAAACUGCAAAGGAAUUGAGACACGGGCUUGAUAUUGCUCGGGAAAAUCUGGAAAACUCAAGAAAUGAAACUUAUGAUUUAAAGAACCAACUAGAGCAGUCAAGAGAGCUUUGCUCUGGUCUCGAAGCUGAGGCUUCCAUGUUAAGGUCGGACAUUGUUAAAGCUACGGAAACACUGCAUAUCAACUCUGAUGAGGCAAAAAAAGUUGCAGACCUGUUAGCUUCAGAGCUAACUUCAACAAAAGAGCUUCUAGGGAAAGCACAUGAGGAAGUGCAGAUAAUAAUUCAAGAACUAGCUUCAGUUGCCAACUCUCGUGACAGCCUACAAAAGGAGCUGGUUGAUGUAUAUAAAAAGGCUGAGAGUGCUGCUAAUGAUCUAAGAGAAGAAAGAUGUGUUGUUGCUUCUCUUAACAAGGAGUUGCAGAUUUUAGAGACUGAAGUUUUAAGACACAAAGAAGAACGUAAUAAAUCUCUGGAAGCAGAUCUGGAAGAGGCUAUGAAAUCACUUGUUGAGAUGAACCAAAAUGCUAUGGCUCUCUCGAAGGAACUGGAGCUUGCGAUGACUGCUGUUUCUCGCCUUGAAGAUGAAAAGCAAGUUCUUCUUAAAUCUCUUGCAGAGCAAAGGAAAGCUUCUCAAGAAGCUCGGGAUAACAUGGAAGAUGCUCAUAACCUUGUGAUGAGACUCGGGAAGGAAAGAGAAAAUUUUGAGAGGAGAGCAAAGAAGCUGGAGGAGGAACUGGGAUCGGCGAAAGGCGAAUUAUUGAGGCUAAGGAGUCAAAUGAAUUCAUCAAACACGCCUGUAAAUGUCGGGGAGCAGGUUACAGGGCUUGAUGAUAAGGCAACCAUUUCUGCAAGGAGAUACGUGAGGAAGAGGAAGUCCUCAGUUCCUGAGCAAGAUGAUUCAUAAGUUUUCUUUAACACACACUAUCGGUGUAAUAUUCUGAUUUUAUUUUUUAGCCGAAAUGUUAUUACUAUUCACCAAUUUAUGAACAGCUUCAUGUUAAUCACAACUUUCUAAGAUUUGAUGAAGUGCAUUCAAAGUGGAGACAAUAUAAAUUCUUGAGUUGAACUA